ACUUGAGCGUGGGGCCGUUUGACGGUCCGUUCUCGACCGGUGGCCGUGUGCCGCUGCCGCCAGUGUCUCGUUGAACGCGAACGUAAGCGCGACACGCGCCCAAAUUUUUACCCGGAGACUGUCUUGCUAUAUAGACUGUGCCGGGUUUUCUUCACUUUCCAUUCCUCGAAUAAAUCAAAAUCUUAAUUUAUAAAUAAAUUCACUUAAUUCCUUAAACAAAUUUUAUCAAUGAACAUGAGCGUUUUAACGCUCAUUAUAAAUUUAUUCACCUGAAAAAAAUUAAAAAAAAAAAUGAUUUUUAAAAGAUAACAAACAAUCGAGUGUUGAGUGAAGUGUUAAUUUUUUUUUUUAAGACAAUUAAAAAAUUUUAUUUCAUAGACAGUGCAAAUUAAAUGUUUUCGUGAUAGAAUCUAUAUAUAUAUAUUUUUUAAAUAAUAAUAGUAAUAAUAAAGCUGUGCAAUGGAGUACCAACAAUUAGUGUCACCGUCAGUGACUGUUGUGCAGCAUGCAACCCACCACCCCCAACCGACAACACAACCACAAUCACAACAGCAACAACAGCCCCAUCAUCAGCAACAACAAAACCAAUCACAAGUUACAGUUCCACCCUCGCAUCCUCAUAUCGUCCUUGCACCUGCGCAUCAACCCCAGCAGCCGCAACCACCGCCUCCAAAUUUGCCUCCACCUACCACACACGCGCACCAACUGCAUCCACCCUUACCGCCUAUACAUGACGACAGUACCAGCUCGCGGUGGACACAGUACCAACACAUAUGGCGGCAACAUCAUGUUUAUAUUAAUGGUAAACAAAAUAAAGAUGGACCAGAAGAAAAAAAAGACGCGGAUGGUGAAUUAUGGGGCAAUGUGGAAGCACAAGCCGCCUUUCUUGGUCCCAAUUUAUGGGACAAAACUCUGCCUUACGAUGCCGACCUGAAGGUAUUAAAUCAUUAUGUGGAUCUGGACGAGUUUUUAUCAGAGAAUGGUAUACCUGUUGACGGAGUGGGCGGCGGUGUACAAGGUACCAUGCAGCCUGGUCAGUUACACAAACUUAAUAACGCAAAUGAAGCUGCGAGUCAUCAAGGACCUGCUGGAUUACAUCUUGAACCAGUUACCAAACGUGAAAGAUCGCCCUCACCCAGCGACUGUUGUUCGCCUGACACACUCAACCCACCAUCCCCUGCCGACUCGACGUUGUCGAUGGCGUCAUCGGGACGAGACUUUGACCCAAGAACACGGGCAUUCUCCGAUGAGGAACUCAAACCACAACCGAUGAUUAAGAAAUCUCGGAAACAGGUGUUGCAGUUUGUGCCGGAUGACCUGAAGGAUGACAAAUAUUGGGCUCGUCGUAGGAAGAAUAAUAUGGCUGCUAAAAGAUCGCGAGAUGCGCGUCGUAUGAAGGAAAAUCAAAUUGCUUUGAGAGCUGGUUUUCUUGAAAAAGAGAAUAUGGGACUGCGACAAGAACUUGAUCGAUUAAAAAACGAAAAUAUGUUACUGCGUGAUAAAUUAAGUAAAUACACGGAUGUUUAACAGGCGGUCAAGUUUAAAUUAUCAUCAUCUUGACCAGAUAAAUAAAUAAAAUAAAUAAUUAAAUAGACUCUAGGCGUACGAGGAGGAAUCCAUCCGCUUAAGAAGAGUAUCGAAUACAUUAUCAAGAAGAUGAAGCAAGCUGAAGUGAUUCUGGACAAUUUUUUCCUGCCUAAAGAUCUCCAUGUCAAUUCUCCGUUCCUAAAAAAUCCCAGGUCCUUUAGUAAUAAUUUUUUAAAAACACCACCUCUAGACCAUCCCGAGAGAUGACGAGAAGAAAUGAUAAAAAUAAGAAGAAGAAGUAGAAGAAGAAGAAGAAGAGCUUUAGAUUAUUAUAGAAAAAAUUGUCAAGAAAACUAUAAGUUUCUUCACCAUCGUCGCCUCACUUGUACAUAGUUAUAUAUGUAUAGUUAGAUUAUAUACGUCAUUGGAUGUCAUAUAUUUGCAGCUACGAACAAUAUUAAAAACUAAAACUUUAAAAUUAUUAUAAAUGAAAUGAGAGCGAGAAUGAGCAAGGAGACAGGGAGAGAUGAGUGCGUGUGUGUAUGUGCCGUCAAUUUUUUUUUUGAUCUUUAAUUAAUUUAAAAAAAAACAACUAAAAAUCAUGAUUUAGUUCUCAAUAGAUCAAUCGAUUAAUUAAUUAUCCAAUAUCAUAAUUUAUUAAUUAAUCAAUUGAUCGAUUAGCAGCUUGUUAAUUUAAAUAAAAAAAAUCGGACACAUUGUUACCAUAAUAAAACAUUUAUAUGAGAAUUUAUACGUGCAGAUAUGUAGCGAAUAUAGUAAAAGUACGUAGACUUAAAUAACUGAAAGCUGCACGAAUGCAAAGGUUGUCUCAAAAAAUUAAUUUAAAUUAAUCAGUUAAUUUAAAAAAAAAUAAUGACUGUCUUUGUACGGUAAUUGGAAUUUUUUACGUCCAGAUUUGCAGUUUUUUAAAAAAUGAUAUUUAAAAAUUUAAAUUAAGAUAUUAAAAUUAUUAAUUAUUGUUGAGACAAUUGCUAAAUAGCAACAAAAGUGAUUAAAAAUAAUAAUAAUUAAUUAUAGAUUGAAAAGGUAACACAAGAGUAUAUUUGUUACUCUAUACAAUAAUUAGCCUUUUCUUUUUAAGUUUUUAGAUGUUUAUUUUGUUUAUAAAUAUAUACAUAUAUUUAAAUAUAUACUAAAAAUGAUUAAAGAUAAAAAAAAGAGUAAAGACGACAGAAUUAUUAAGAGAAUAUAAAAUUUAUUAUUAUUAUUAUUAUCAUUAUUAUUAUUAUUAUUAUUAAUAUAUUAAUUGUUAAUUAGAAAAAUUCUGCACGCAUGAUCAAACGUUCAUUAACUAAAAUUUCUUUAUUAAUAAUUAUAGACGUCUUAUUUUUUAUUAUUAUUAUUAUAUUAUUUUUAUUUUAAAUACUUUAGUAUCAUGAGUUACCGAUACAAUUUAUAGUUAUUCGUGUAUAAAUUUUAAUUAUUUAAAAUUUUUAUUUUUAAAGAUAAAAGAAAAAAAAACUUAAAAAAAAAAUGAUAAAAUUGUUGACUUAUUAAUUAUUUUACGUUUGUAAAUUUAAAAAUUAAUUAUAAUAAUUGGCCUAAUGUAAAUUACAAUAUUACAAAUUAAUUUGUAAUAAUUAUAAUCGCUGUAAAAAAAAUUAUUGUAAUUAUUUUUUAUGUAAAAAAAAAAAGUUUGUAUAAUUGACGGUGAAAUUCUAUCGGGUUUUUAAAAGAUAUUUUUUAUUUUUGACAAAAGCUUGUAGAUUAAUAAACAUUAUUAUUAUUAUUAUUAUUACUAUUAUUUUCUGCGAUCGUCCAUAAAUCAUCGAAUUUUUAGAUAAAUUUAAUUAGAAUAAUAAAUAAAAUAUAUAAGAUAAUGAUUGCAGUUAUCAGCCGCUUUUGUCGCAAAGUAACCCGGUUAUUAUUUUAAUUAAAAUAAUAAAUAAUUAUUAUUAUUAACAAAACAAUUGUAUAAUUAGUAAAUAUUUGUUGCUAAGGUAUAAUUGAUCUGCAAUGUGAUAAAAGGAAUUAUGGUUAAUUAAAAAAAAAAAAACUAAUUAAUUAAUUAAUUAAAAUAAAUAAAUUUAAUAAAAAAAUAAAAAUAAUAAAGCGCAAUGCGUUUUAAACAAAUGAGUGAAAAUGUUCAUCAACACGAAAAAUACAAAAAUCUAUUGAUUGUAUCACCUUCCUAAAGAAUAUAUGUAUUUGUUAUUGUUUUAAUUACCUUUA